GGUUCUGUUGUUCCUCUGAAACGUCGUCGUCCAGGUAUUUGGGGCAGUCUGUCAGACGGUGUGGAUUCAUAUAUAUUUGCAGUGGAAGCUGUUGAAAUACCCCAAACCCAUGCCAGUGAUAACGUCACUGCUACAACCCAAUUGCUGCAAUUCCAACAAGCUUCUUCACCAUCGCCUAAUCUGCUGGUGCAACAAGGCAAUGUCAAGUUCCAGCAACAAUCAACCUGGUGCCUUCACCACCAUCCGUGAGACAGUCACUUUUAAACAAGAGAUCAAAAAAAGCAAAUUCAUUGCCAUUGCCGGCCACAUCCCCGACCAACAAUAUGCUAACUCCUUCCUUUCCCAGGUCAAGGAUCCCAAGGCUACCCACAAUUGUUGGGCUUAUAAGGUUGGAGACCAAUACCGAUCAACUGAUGAUGGUGAGCCAUCGGGUACAGCAGGCAAGCCUAUACAAGCUGCUAUUGAAGCUUCAGGAUUAGAUAGAGUUAUGGUGGUUGUGAUCAGGCAUUUUGGAGGUAUCGAAUUAGGUACUGGAGGACUUGUCAGGGCUUAUGGAAGAACUGCAGCAGAAUGUUUGAAGAAUGCCCCAACUUGCUUUGUGAAAUCUAAGGUUCCAAUGGCCGUGGAGGUUCCUUUUGAACUUCUGGGGAUUCUAUAUCAUCAGCUACAAUCUUUUAAGGUUGAGGACAUCAAGCAGGAUUAUGAAACUGGUAAAGAGGGCACCACCAUGGUUACUUUUAAGGUUGAUUUUGACCAGGCCAAGAGUUUGGAGGAUGCAGUAAAAGACAAUUGUAGCCGAGACUUAUUGUUUUAUAAGAAGUGAAACAAGAAUCCCACAACUAUGUUUUUUUGGCUUCCUGUCUAAAUGAAUACAGGGAGUGUCGAGACUUUUGAAUACAUCAUUCACCAAACAGGUACUGAACUUAUAUAUCUCAGUUUUGUAUUGAUUAACAUCUUGUAGCUGCAAACUUUGUUGUGAGAUUAUUUGCACUUGGGUGUACAAGAAGAUUCUUGAAUAUUAUCCAAGAAGAUUGUUCUUGGCCUGAUAUGAUAAGUUGUAUAUACAAUUCAGUUCAAUAAAAAAUGUACUGCAUUAAUACCC